CUGAGAUAGACAAUAGCAUCGACGAGAAAAAACGUUCUGUAGCAAAAUCAUUUGCAUUUCUUUCUAUACUUUGUAUAUUUUUUAUUUAGAGUAAUGAGUUACGAAAGAAAGAGACAUGCUCUUAAAGAUGCGAGUGAUGAAUCAGAUGAUGACAACUAUGUGCCAUACAUACCCCUGAAACAGCGCAAGAAACAACAGCUGCGGCAGGCAGAGAAGCGUCUGGGUCGUGUAGGGCUGUUGAAGGAGCAGGAGGGGGGCUCAACGUCAGAGGGUGGAACAUCAGAGGGUGGGGCGGAGGAGGAUGAGGAUGAGACAGUCAACCUCGGCCCCAAGUCUCAUGUCAGUCUGCUUGACCAGCACAGUGACCUCAAAAGGAAGGCUGAAGCCAGGAAAGAAACGGCGAGAGAAAAAAUUCUAAAAGAGGAAGAAAAAAUUCUUGAAAGUGUAGCAGAGAAGCAAGCUUUGAUGGCAGUGUCAGAAUUGGCCAAGGGUAUUGAGUACACAGAUCCCAUCAAAACUGGAUGGACAGCCCCAGGUUAUAUUCUAAAUAAACCUGAAUCAGAGCAUGAGAAGGUUCGCAAGAAGUAUCACAUCCUCGUGGAGGGCGAUGAUAAACCCCCACCAUGUAAGACCUUCAGGGAGAUGAAGUUCCCUAAGCCUGUCAUGCAAUGCCUGAAGACGAAAAAAAUUCUACACCCCACACCCAUACAGAUACAGGGAAUUCCUACUGUGUUGUCGGGACGAGACAUGAUUGGCAUAGCUUUCACAGGGUCCGGGAAAACCCUUGUGUUCACACUGCCGAUUAUUAUGUUCGCCCUGGAGCAAGAAAAGCGUCUACCAUUUGUGAAGAAUGAAGGACCCUAUGGCCUGAUUAUCUGCCCUUCUCGUGAGUUAGCGAAACAGACAAAUGAGAUCAUCACAGAAUUCUGUGGCCAUCUUGAGAGAGACGGUUACCCUGCCCUCCGGAGUGCGCUCUGUAUUGGAGGAAUGCCCAUGAAUCCCCAGCUAGAAGUCAUAAAAAGAGGUGUUCACAUCAUCGUGGCGACCCCUGGACGGCUCAUGUUGAUGCUGUCAAAGAAGAUGUUUGUGCUGGACAUCUGCCGAUACCUCGUACUGGAUGAGGCUGACCGUAUGAUAGACAUGGGGUUUGAGGAGGAUGUCAGGACAAUAUUCUCAUACUUUAAGGGCCAGCGGCAGACACUUCUUUUCUCAGCUACGAUGCCCAAGAAAAUUCAGAACUUUGCGCGAAGUGCUCUUGUUAAACCAGUUACAGUGAAUGUAGGUCGUGCGGGCGCGGCCAGUCUGGACGUCGUACAGGAAGUUGAAUAUGUGAAACAGGAAGCGAAGAUUGUGUAUAUACUGGAGUGUCUACAGAAAACAUCACCACCAGUGUUGGUGUUUGCAGAAAAGAAGCAAGAUGUGGAUGCUAUACAUGAAUAUCUUCUCCUGAAGGGGGUGGAGGCUGUAGCUAUACAUGGCGGGAAGGACCAGGAAGAGCGGACUCAGUCCAUUGAUCAGUUUAGGAAGGGGGAGAAGGAUGUCCUGGUUGCCACGGACGUCGCUAGCAAGGGACUUGACUUCCCUGACAUCAAACAUGUCAUCAACUAUGACAUGCCUGAGGACAUUGAAAACUAUGUGCACAGAAUAGGACGUACAGGCCGUUGUGGGAAAACUGGCUUAGCAACCACAUUUAUCAACAAUGGAGUUGAUGAGACUGUGUCAUUGGACUUGAUACACUUACUGAUAGAAGCCAAACAGAAGGUGCCGCCAUUCCUGGCUGCUAAGAAUCUUGAUUCUGAUAAUAUCCUUGAUAUAGGAGGGGAGGCUGGCUGUAUGUACUGCGGAGGUUUGGGUCAUCGUAUAGCCAACUGUCCCAAGUUGGAGGCACUUCAAACAAAGCAGGUGGCUGGCCUUGGCCGCCGUGACUACCUGGCAGCUAGCAGUGCUGACUACUAAGGGGGCCAGAUGUGGUAUAAUGGAGAUGGAGGAGAGACUUUUGUUGUCCGUCUCAGGGACAGUUAGCAUCUGUGUCAUAAAAGGCAACAAGGGAAACAUGGAAGAAUUAUUAUGACAUUACUGAGAGGUUCGCUGAGCCCACUCUCUUGUCUGAUGCUGCUUGUCGAAGGCUUUACAAUUAAUCUACUUGAUUGUAUAUCAUGUGUUAUUUUUUAGCUGAAACAAGAUCAUUCAAUUGUUAAGGACUGAUAGAAUGGUUGCUGGUAUCUGAUAUUUGACAAAUUCAAUUUGAAACUGGAAAGAUAUUAUCCCUGUCUCAAGGAAUAGAACAUUGUUCAUCACGAGAAAAGCUGUAUAGUACGACUUUUCUAAAAAUGUUCUUUUUGGUAAAAUGGUUCAACAAGAGAAGUAAUUCAUUUGAUAAUUCUGUCAGUUUGGUAAGUUUGCACAUAUAUUGCAAUGUGCCAUAAAUCUUUAUCAAAUGACAGUGGCUGAGUACAAAAACUUUUGUAAGUUGUCCACAGUUUAUCUGCUAGUUGACUCAUUAAAACGAUUUGAUUUGUUAUUAGUUAUUAUUGGAUAAAUAUUGACCAAUCAGUUAGUGUUUUAUAUAACUUGGACCAAACUGAGAACUAAACCAGUUUUAUAGAAUUGGCUACUGAUAGAUAUUAUCAAUAAUAACAAUCAUGUUAAUGCUGAUCUCUUUGUGUGUAAUAUUGUUAGGCCAGAACCAUUCUGGGCUGUUCAAUUGUUUUGAUUAAAUAAUGUUCACGUUAUGCUUUCAUAUAAUUUAUAUUUCAAUUCAGAGGUUUUAAAUUGAAGGUAUUUUGGCCAAAAAAGUAAUGGGCCAUUGUCAAAAAUUGGCGGAUUUAUAAAAUACAUGCAUACUUGUAAUAAUGUUACCUGUAAAAUGAUGUCACAUCAUUCACGUGACUUUACCACAUGAAAUUGUCAUGUGUCUGUUGCGGAUGGGUAAAUCCUACCCAAGGAUACAUGUGAUAGCCAGUAAAAAGGCUUAAUGAGUUGCCAACAUUCCAAAGAGUUGGAUUUCCCCAUUUGUACCAGAAACACAUGAUCAAAACACUUUUUCUUGCAUUAUUUUCUGAUACUAAGUCAAGACUCUGACUUGAGACUGUUUGUAAUCAUGGCCCUUUCAGGUCUUAUCAACAGAACGAGGCAUUUGUAUGUUUCUCUUAUUUGCUGACUCAUACAUGUUCACACAGUCACUUAGAAUUAAGAAUACAGAUAUGUAUGAAAUGUACUGAAACAUAAAUUUCAUCUCUCAUCAUGACUAUGGUACAGUUCCACUUCAAUUUAAACGUAUUGAGAUAUAAGUGUACAUUUUGUUUAUUGUUUCAUCAAUUCAAUGUAACAUUGUAUGCACAAAAAUAAAAAAUAAA